AGCCCUGUAACGAGUUAGUGCCGUCUUUUAUACACCACUUCCGUGUUCUUCUCACUUCAUUAAUCAGGUCGAAACAGGCAAGAGAUCUGGAAACAAUUCUUUCUAAUCCUCGUGUCAAGCACAGAAAUAUACAAAAUCAGGCAGAGUCGGCACCCAAAUGGACCCGUUAGACUUUCUAACGAAUGAAGAGUUGCUGCUUUUCCUCCACCGGAAAAAGACAAUGAUUUCCUGCUUAGAAGAACCGCACAGACUUCUCACUCAGCUACGAGACCACAAUCUGGUGCCGGAGAAACUUUACGAGAGUGUGAGAAAGGUGCAUUCUCGUAAGCAAAAGGAGAAGGUCGUCUAUGAGGUUCUGGACUGGGUGGAGAAAAACAGACCCCAGUGCAUGCAUCGGUUCUGGCGCUGUGUGUUUGAAGAUCAUAUUCUGCAGCUGUAUCCAACGCUACGCAUCCUCAGAAACAGUCUGCAGGACGGCACUUUCCAACUCUAUGAGAAACCUUUGGAUAUUGACACACGGAAGGAGAGUGAAGCAAAGGCAGAGAAGGAGAAGGAGAAGAGCUACAAAAGAAGAAGGAAGGAUAAUAGAAGUAGUGGGAAUAGUGAUGGUCCUGGUCCUUCCUCUGCGUCCACACCCAAGAGGAAGAAACCGGACAAAAAACCCUCGUUCUAUACGAGCUCUGGUUCAAGGGAGGAAAGUGAUGAUGAUGAUGAUUUCCAGGAGCAGGGAGGGAGAAGAGGAGGAACAGAGUUAAGAGAGAGAGUUGAAGAAGAAGACAUGUCAGAUCUGUCUGUUUUUCAGGCUCCCUCUUUACCGGUCACCUGUGCUUCACUUACUGGGACUCUGUACAAAUACAGGUUUGCGUCAGGGUAUCGUGGGAAGUGUAUACGUACUGAGGAAAGAUGGUUCACUCCGGAGGAAUUUGUAAAGCAGGAGCCGACUCUCACUGAUGGACACUGGAAGAAAGACAUACUGUGCCAUGGAGAAACAUUCAACUUUUUACUCCAGCAAAAUAUACUGCGCAUCCACUCCUUUCUGUGUGAAUGCGUGAAAUGCCGUACUCAAGAGAAAGACAUGAUGGCCCAGAACAAUGAUGAUGAGUGUUAUGUGUGUCGCUCUGUGGGACGUCUCGUGUGUUGUGACGAGUGUCCACGAGCUUUUCAUUCAGACUGUCACCUACCUGCUGUACCUGAAGACUCAUCUGGGGAAUGGAUUUGUACCUUCUGCGUGUUCAGAAACAGCCAGCAAUGGCGUGACUCCAGUAACGUGUCUGAACAAGAAGCUUUCGACGCCCCAAUCUCUCAAAACAUAUUAAUGCACUGCCACUACCUCCUGUUAUGUGUGUACAGACAGGACAUCCAGAAGGUGUUUGUUGAGGACCCACGACCAACGGUGCCCAGAUACUCUGAGUUCAUAACUCAGCCGAUGUGGCUGGACAGAAUAAAGCAGAAGUUGGAAAGUGGCGAGUAUCGGACGAUAGAAGCGUUCGUCUCUGACUUUCGACUCAUUUUCAGCAACUGCAGCAAGUUCAAUAAGAACAAUGAGUUUGGCCGAAUGGGUGCACGGCUGAAGCAAAUGUUUAAUGAAGAGUUCAGGAAAAUCUUCAGUAUCGAUUAACAGCUUUUACUAAUUUCUAAAGGAUACAAUUGAGAUCUGGAUUUUAAAUGUCAUUAUAACCACUGUAAUAAUAAACAUUCUGAAAAAAAAAAUUAUACUAUUAGACAUUUCAAAAAAUGUUUAAACUACUCAUGUUUUUUAUUUUGUAGACCAGAAUGUUCUCAAUUUAAGCCAGGGCUGUCCAAACUCAGUCCUGGAGUGCCGGUGUCCUGCAGAGGUAAUUCCAACUCUAAUCAAACACACCUGAAGCAACUAAUCAAGACAUGUUAGAAGAUUCAAUGCAGGUGUGUUGAGGCAAGUUGGAGCUAAACUCUGCAGAACACCGGCCUCCAGGACUGAGUUUGGACAGCACUGAUUUAAGGUGUUUUACACUGAAUGGAUCGAUUGGCUGAACACAAAUAUGCCAUCAGAAGGAGUAAAGAAGGAUUUUCAAUAGCAACAUUUUAAAGGGGUCAUGUGAUGCGAUUUCAAAUUUUCCUUUCUCUUUGGGGUGUUACAAGCUAGUUAGCGCAUAGAUAUAAUCCCUCUCACUAAUAAGAGUUGCAAAGACUAAAGUCUCAAAACCAAGGAGAUAUUCUUUAUAAAAGUGAUGACGUUUCCCUAAAAAGACUCGUUUAAACAUGCCCCAACUUUUUUUCCAAAAGAGGACAUAACUAGAAAUCAGCGGUUAAGUUGUAUUUACAACACUGUUCCAGGACAAUUCGAAACAAAUAUUAAUGUUUGCGCCUUUGCAGAGAAUGAUUUCUAAAACCUGCAGAGCGGCCUAUGCUGUCUGUGCACAGAGACUAUAAAGUGAGACCAAAUUUAACUCUGCAAGGACAGUCUGGUGCUUCUGACUCGCAACCUUUUCUUAUUAAAAGAACAUGCUACUUACUAAUCAAACGCAAGUUUUGAGCAGCAUGGAGUAAUGCUUGAUGUUUGUCGUUUCUACGAUCACAAAUGCAGAUGGAAAUGUUUAUGAGACGCAAUGCAAUGUGACGUGUAAAAAGACAGCACUAAGUUAUUAUAAUAAGGAAUUAUGUCCCCACUGGAUGCAACAAAUACCUAAUUUGUAAUGGCUUUUAUUGUUUUUGUGUCAUCGUGCUGGGACAUGGCAUCAUGUUAUGGUAAGAGGAGUAACAUUUUUGUCAGACGCUUGAGGUAUUCGCCCAAUCACAACGCCCAGUGCUGGCCAAUCAGAAAACACCUCGCUUCUCAGAACAAUAAAGAUACAAAUCAACAGGAAGUUUCAGGAAGAAGGGGCAUAGAGGAGUAACAGUAAUGUACAAUAGGAAAAGAAUGUGUUUUUUGCACCUUAAACUGCAUAAACAUACUGCAUUACACCAAAUACACAACAUAAUGUUCUUUUUAGCAACAUCAUAUGACCUCUUUAAAAUAUGGCAUAAAAGUAAUUCUACGAUUUUGGUUAUUGUAGACAAAAAAUUAAGUUGUACUUUUGAAAAUGAAGUUAAGAACAAAUGUUAUAGUUAAAUUAUAGUAACCAUUUUUUAAAUAAAUGUUUGUAUUAUUGAUUUCAAGUUUGUUGAGUAAAACUUUUCUUAUACCCUA